GCGCAUGCGCAGAGCUGCAGCCCUCGCUCAGCUGACCAACAUGGCGGCCUGUGGCAGCAGCGAAGACGUCGCCGUGAUUGGCAACACCGACAUCACUUCAGCGGAAUCGGAGAACAACCUCAUAAACACGAUGGUGGAAAGAGGCACAGCUCUGUUGAGAAAAAUGGAGAUAAGUGUGGCAGAAGCAGAGAAGAGGACCGGGAAGAACACGGUUAACAUGCAGGAAACCUACACCGUCUACCUCAUAGAAGUGCGGCCAGUUGAAUCUGUGCCCGAAGGAGGUACGCCAGCUGCACCUGACACUUUGUGGAGACGCUAUAGUGAGUUUGAGCUGCUCAGAACUUACCUCCUGGUCACCUACCCCUAUUUCAUCAUCCCCCCACUGCCAGAGAAAAGGGCUGAGUUUGUUUGGCAUAAGCUUUCAGCGGACAACCUCGACCCAGAUUUUGUUGAACGACGGAGAGUUGGUCUAGAAAACUUCCUGUUGCGUGUUGCCUCACAUCCUGUCCUUUCCAAUGACAAAAUCUUCCUUCUCUUUCUCACAGAGGAGAAAGGCUGGAGGGAAGCCGUUUUGGAGACAGGUUUCCAAGACAAGGUGGAUUCCAGACUUAAGUCUUUGAAUGCCACAUUCAGAGUCAAAAACCCUGACCAGCGUUUCAUAGCACUGAAAAACUACAGUGAUGAGUUGAACACCGUCAUCUCUCAGCUACUCAGGGUGAGAGCGCGAGUUGCUGACAGACUUUAUGGUGUUUACAAGGUCCAUGGUAACUACGGCCGAGUUUUCAGUGAAUGGAGCGUUAUAGAAAAAGAGAUGGGAGAUGGACUGCAGAGUGCCGGCCACCACAUGGACACGUAUGCUGCCUCAAUAGAUGACAUUCUGGAAGAAGAAGAACAUUAUGCAGACCAACUGAAAGAAUAUCUCUUCUACACUGAGGCUGUGAGGUCAGUGUGCAGGAAACAUGAAUUGAUCCAGUAUGAGUUGGAGACGGCGUCGCAGGACCUCACUUAUAAGAAACAACAGAAAGAAGAGUUGGCAACUGGGACGGUACGAAUAUUUUCUCUGAAGGGAAUGACCAGUAAAUUGUUUGGCCAAGAGAGUCCUGAACAGAGGGAGAGCAGGAUAGCAGCCCUGGAAGAGAGUAUCCUGGAGGGAGAGGAAGCGCUCAAGGAGAAGAACGCCGAGUCCCGGGAGUUCAUCCGAACAGCAUGGGACGACAUAGAACGUUUUAAGGAGCAGAAAGAUAAAGAUUUACGUGAAGCACUAAUCAGCUAUGCCAUCAUGCAGAUCAGCAUGUGUAAGAAGGGAAUUCAGGUGUGGUCCAAUGCCAAGGAGUGCUUCAACAAAAUGUGAGCCACUUCUCUCUCCAGUCACUUUGCACCAAACCAGGAGUCUCUCAGAUUGUUCAGACUGGGACCAGCUGCAGUGUCGUGGGGAUGAGUCAGCGGCCGAAUACUGCGUCUACUUUGCCUGCAAUUUUACAAAUAAUUCUAUCAGUUUUCCUCUGUCUUUUCUUUCUCACUCACUCUCUCUCUCACACACACACACACACACACAUUUAUUUGGAAACAGUAAGACUACUUAAAAGCAUUCUUAAAUGAAUUUAACAUCUUUUAAAUUCAAGUGUCUUAACGCGAGCACUACCUUUCAGUUGAUCUGAGCUCCAUCCAGCAGAUGGUUCAAAGUUGAAGCUUUUGUCCCGAGUUGCACAGUUGAGGGCGUGCUCAAGCAGAAACUCGAGUACAAGCAAUGCACCGUUUCAACUUCAGCGUCUUUCACUUAGUUUUUUUUCAUCUUGAAUAGAAAUACUUCACAACAAUUUGCUUCUUAAAAUCUUGCACCUGACGCUGCACAUUCAUGUCACGUGUUUUAUGGUUUGUAUCGGGUUAUGUUUGGAUUACGUUGUCUCUUCGCUGAAUUUAAAAUCUGCAUUGGCAUCUUGAAGCUCGAAGAUUUUGUUUGACUCCCUUGAACCUCCUAAAAAUAGAAGAACAGUGUUUUUAACUUAAUAAGCAGAAGUGAGAGAGUUUACGUGCUGUCUGCCUCAGAGAAUAAGCUCAGUCACAUUAAGCAACCCUUUCACAUUUACUUCAGUCUUUUUUUUUUUCUGAAGUUGUCUUGAUUGAUUGAAAAUUGACCAAGAUUCUGAUGACCAAAUGCUUUGAAGGUAUAGAUCACAGGAGUACAACACAGGGCUCUUAAACUUGAAGUGUGUAAGAUAAUUGAUAUUGACUUUACUUUCUUUACCUGUUUACAUAUUUGCAUACCUCUUUGUUCCACAAAGAACAUCCAAUGUUGUUAGAAGCCACACACAUGCAGAUCAAUGGUUAAGACUUUACUUUGCCAUCAGGAUGUACGGCUUUGAUAAGAAUUCGUUUUUGUACAAGAACAGCCAAAAAAAGAUAACUCGCCAACCUUCUCCACCCAUUGUGAAUGUGCCUCAUCACUUUUUCUAACAGCUUUAUGGAAAGUUGUGACCAAAAUGUGGAAACUUCAACAUUUGAUUCCCACUAUUUCACAUUUUAUGCAAUAGACGAACACAACACAACAACAUUUGGCAUCCUUCGUAUCAAUCUGAGGGAAAAUCCGACGCCAAAUAGAUCUGACAUCUGAAUGUUGUGCUGAGAUCAGCAAAUCCUACAUGUUUUUUUUCUUCUUUCCUUCCAGAUUUGACAUUUUACUAAAUGAUCUCAAAGAGCCUUUGUGUUUGUGUUUUGUAGAAAAUGUGUCAAAUGUUAUUAUUGUGCUGAACUCUAAUAAAUUUCCUUUUGAAUCAUGA